GGAGGCCGUCGUCUGCUCCAGCACCGCUGCCCGUAUCCUCCUCUCCAUAUAGCCGCUCGCACCGGACCGAUGAAAACAGGAGGCAUCGUCCAGGUGCUGGACUACGGCCGGUGGACAGAAGGUGCCAUCGACGGGCUUCUGAUUAAACACCACGGAGCUCCACGCAUGCUGCAGCAGGUGGAUGACGACUACGCCGCCAUGGUCCAGAGGGGGUGCACUGACCCUCACAGUUUGUUACAUCCGACCACAUGCCAACAUAUCUCCAGAUAUGUUAAGCAUCUGGCCAAAAGAAAACCCACCAGCUCCUCUCUGAACACCAGCCCAGAGAAGGUGUUGGAGACACAGCAGCUGUGGCAGAGCUUGACCACCGGCAGCCAAACGGUCAGUGUGCCGGUCAUCACCAUGCCUCCUGCAACCGUCAACCCUCCAGCUGUGGCUCCUCUCAAGGAGGAGUCACUGAGCCGGGAUGCAGUGGAGAAGAUGGUGGCUGAGAUCCUGGACAAGCAGCAGCAGCAACAUCCGCAGCAGAAGAUGACGAGGAACUGUCCAGCCUGCGCUCAGCCAAAGUCCCGCUACCUUGCCGACGGUUCCUCGGUUCAUUUAUUCUUCCAGACCAAGACAGUUAAAGAUUUCUACUGCUCCACCAAGGUCUUUAAGACGUAUGAAUGCGAAGGCCUGAGAGACCCCCGCAUGUCCUUUGAGGACUUUGCAGCGUCUCCUUUCUUUGAGCGUGAGCUGGAGGCCGCCAAGCAGAGGGGGGCCGAGUGGAAGAAGGUGAAGGAAGAAGAGGAAUAAGAGGAAGUCGGCGGAGCCGCUGCCGACAGGUCGCCUGUGCCGCUGAGGCAAGGCCCCGGCAGCCCUCAUGUUCACAGCUGCUUCCCCGGGGUGUUGGGGAAGUACGUCUACUGCCCCUCCAGGGUGUUCUCCCUGUACAAGGACCAGGGCAUGGGGAAGGAGAUGGCCUGGGGGGACUUCACACAGUCCGAUUUCUAUGAGGCGGAGAGAGACAGAUGGGUCACAGAGAGGAAGAAGAGACCACACACAUAUAUAGUAUUAGUAAUACUAAUUAAAUGAUACAAUAAGAAUUAUUGGACGAAUAUAAGCAGCAUUAUUGCAUUGAUAUUGAUUGCAAAUAUAUAUGUCCAGUACAUGAGAAUGUAUAUAAUUAUUGUUUUGGAAUAAAUAUCGAUAUUUUACUAGAAUAAAUACAAUUAUUGCUGUAUAUAAAUAUUAUAUAAUAAUGUAAAUAUAUAUAAAAUGUGUAUCCAUCCUGACAUUUGAAAAGCUAAAACCAGGUCAUGUUGCUGAUUGUUUCAGCACUUAUAUUAUAAAUAUGAUUUUGAAUACACUACUCUGUGUAUAUGUCUAUAUAUAUAUAUGGUUGUUUUAUUAUAUGUAUAAUAAUGUAAUAAUUAUGUAUGCAUGUACAUAUAUACUUAUAUGGGAUUCACAUGUUCAUUUCAUUGGUUUUAUAUUUUUUAUUUGUUCAUUUUAGACUUCAGUUGUGUUUUAUAUAUAUAUGGAUAUAUAUAUAUAUACUGUAUUUAAUUAGUUUUGUUUUCAUUUGUUUUAUAUUAUUUCUUUUCAUUUUAGAAUUCAGCUGUGUUUAUAUGUGUGUAUAUAUAUAUUCACAAAUCCCAUCAACCAUUCUGUGAAUCUCGACAAACCUCCCUACCAGGGGGGGGUGUGAGGGAUUCUUAUGGCAGAGACACACAGGUGACUCAAACCGAACCCCCCCCCACCUGCAGAAGGUGUAGGUGAUUCUACACCCGGGAAAGUGUAGGAAAAUUGCCUACAAACCCCCCCCCCCCCCGUGUGUCGGCAAUGGCCGACACUCAGGGGAGGGCAGGCAAAUCCCUAGAACCUUCGCCAACUGCCUUCUACGGGACUCACAGAUCCGCCCCACUCCUUUCAAUGAAGGAGCAGUGCCGCCUGCUGGAAAUCACUAGUAUUACAUACUCUGGUUUGCUGCUCCGUUACGUCACAGGUGACUUCAAAGCACAGAACCAGUUAGAACUGGUGGGUUGAGUGACGUCACAAUGCUCGCUUCAAAGACUUCUCUAAACUACCGAUGCGAUAUAUCUUUGGCCACAAGUCUUUGGGGGCGCUGUUUCCCCCCUGGACACGAGGCAAAGAGACCCCGUAUGUUACCCUUUGAGUGAGUCAGUGCUGACUGUGUAGCAGAGCCUCCCUCUCUCUCCUCUUCCGGUCCCCUCGCUUCCCCACUCUGUACUGGGUGGAAUUGGGUUUACAUAACCAACUGCAGUCUGAGAUAACGCACCACUACUGACAACAGCUUCUCUUUAAAGGCCACAAAGACACACAACCUUUAACAUAAACACUCACAGCAGGUGCUUUAUGUAGCUUAGCAUGCGCUAUGCUUCUUCUCACCGCGCUGGGCCGCAAACACGUACACGCGCAAGGCCCAAAAGCCAACGCUGCACAGUAGCCUACAACUCGCCCUCAGCUUCAGUUGCACAGCAACCUCAUUCCAGACACGCGGCUUCAUUAUGACUUUUCAGGGAACUAGUCUCUGAUUCCACUCAGGAAACACCAAAGGCAAUGAUGCAGUCUAAACCUCUCUCACAACGACCCCCUGCCACGGCACUGGAGGAGUCUGAAUCCCCAACACUCACAGCAGUCUGUGGCCUCGGCAUUGCAGAGUCGGUGCAGCAGAGAGGUCAUUGUCGAGAGAGAACGCUGACAAUUUAUGUAACUCUUACUUCAUUUUAAGCAGGGCUCUCAAGUUUUGAAGACAGGCAAGCGUGACAUUUCCAUCAGCACCCGAUUCUCACCUGUGCGAGCAUUGCAGCUGAGCGUUGCACGCGCCGACAUCGAGCCGAGAAGAGUUGUUGACGGGGGGGGGGCUAGUGACUAUUUAUUUGCUCCAUCCCAAUGCGCGCAGACCGGCGUCGGAGCUCUGCAGCGGACCAAUCGAUCGGCGUAUUGAGCACCCCUGCAUUCAAGAAUUAAAUAGCCGAGAGCUUUUUUCAGCGUGAGGAAUACGAUGUGUGGCGGGAGUGCGUGAGUUAAGACCGAAAUGCGUGAGUCUCACGCUCAAUGCGUGAGACUUGAGAGCCCUGUUUUAAGUGGUUUUUUUUACACCAGUUUCAUAUUCGGGGUAGCUUCAGCUCGCUCUGAUUGUACAGGGCUGGGGGAGAGGUCAGAUACAAGGGGUGUUAUCUAUCUCAGGGACCCCACUUACAUGCUCAGCCAUGUGCUGGUUGCAUGUGAGAGAGAGACAGAGACAGACACGUCAUCCUGGGUGAACCUGAAUCACUCAGUGACUGUUCUCUACAUUCUCUCUUACUCUGUGGCUCAAAGGAGAUCAAGUCACAAUACCUCACCGACCUCACUUCAUACUAACAACUGGAGCACUGACACCUAAACAUUCUUCAAAUUUCUUCUAUUAAAUAUUUGACAAUCAUCACAGUAUAUUUUGUGUUACAAUAGUUUUUCUUUUGAUGCAGGUUUUGGUUGAAAUACAAAAGGCCACAAAGACAGCAUUUACUUGUUAAACAUAAUGUUAGUAAAUAAUGAAUAAAUAAACUAGAUUGGGCUCUGUCUUCUAGUUGUAGCUGUCUGACAGUGGUGGAAGGUAGACAAUGAAGUGGGCAGCAAGGCCAACUUGUAUCUUUAAAGAGCCAUAACUCCCAGCUCGGGCUCUUCUCCUUCCGUUUUAGUCUGGAGGAGGAUCUUCACUUACCAGUUGAGAUUCGUCCCCCUAAGGUGCACGUUCUCAUCCACAUGAACUGCAAAGCUUAACUGGCACACUGGUCGAGGCCAUGCAGGCGUUUCGUUAUGCAAGUAAGCGACAGUUGCCGUUACGCCAUUUACCCAAUUUAUUCUCAAAUCAAUCUACUGCACUUUUCCCUUUAACCUGUGUUUUGUUUGUAAACUAGACAAAGCAGUACGUUUCAUGAACUCACAACGGCCCGAGUCAUGCAUAUGAAUCAUAAUGCUAAUAAAGAUAUUUUAAAAAGGGG